CAGAUUUGAGAGGUUAGCAACAUGUUUCGUAUUUUAGAAUUGAUUGGCAUCAAGAGCUGCUUGCUCUUUCUCUUCCUCGUCUUGCUGGUGUACUACAUCAGAACCAGACCACCGAAGAAUUUCCCCCCUGGGCCAUGGGCAUUACCCUUUAUUGGAGACUGGCAUCACAUGGACUUCAGCAGAGUCCAUCUCCAGUUUGCUGAGUUUGCUGAAAAAUAUGGCCGCAUUUUCAGUGUUCAAUUUUUUGGACCAAGGGCUGUUGUUCUCAAUGGAAACAAGUUAGUGAGACAAGCAUUUGUCCACCAAGGAGAAGACUUCCUUGACCGGCCAUACUUGCCAAUGUCUGCUGAUGUUAUAGGAGACAAAGGGCUUAUUAUGUCUAAUGGGUAUGCUUGGAAGGAACAGAGAAAGUUUGCUCUUCACACCCUGAAGAAAUUUGGAUUUGGCAACAGAAGCCUUGAGCCCUCUAUUCUUCAAGAAUGCAGACAUCUAAAUGAAGCAAUCGCUAAUGAGCAAGGUAAAGCCUUUGACCCCCACUGGCUAAUUAACAACGCUGUGUCCAACAUCAUCUGCAUGCUGGUGUUUGGGGAGCGCUUUGAGUACUCCAAUGAUGACUUCCAGUCUCUCCUGAAGACCAUCAACGAGAUCUUCCUCCUACAGGGAGGACCCUGGCCCCAGUUGUACAACAUGUUUCCAUGGAUAAUGCGCAGAGUGCCUGGCCCACACAGGAAACUAAUUACGCUUUUGAAUGGAGUGAUUGCCUUUGUCAGGCAAAAGAUAGAGGACCAUAGAGUGGACCUUGACCCUUCAAACCUUCGGGACUACAUUGAUUGUUUCCUUGACGAAAUGGAAAAGUGGAAGGAUGACGAAGCAGCAGGCUAUGAUAAGGAGAACUUGUGCUACUGCACACUGGACCUGUUUGUAGCAGGCACCGAGACCACAUCCACCACCUUGUACUGGGGGCUCCUGUACAUGAUCAAGUACCCGGAGAUACAGCGGAAGGUUCAAGAAGAGCUAGACCGAGUGGUUGGAUCUUCACGACAGCCCUCCUUGGCCGACAGGGAGAACUUGCCUUACACUGACGCUGUGCUCCACGAGACCCAGAGGUUUGGGAACGUCCUGCCUUUAAAUCUGCCCAGAAGUGCCACCAAAGACGUUCAAGUUGGCCACUUCAGCAUUCCCAAGGGCACGAUGAUGGUGGGCAGCUUGACCUCUGUCAUGUUUGAUGAGACGGAAUGGGAGACGCCUCACACCUUCAACCCAGAACACUUCCUGGAUGCAGAGGGGAAGUUCAGGAGGAGGGAGGCCUUCGUCCCUUUCUCUAUAGGGAAGAGGGUGUGCCUGGGAGAGCAGCUGGCCAGGAUGAACCUCUUCCUCUUCUUCGCCUCGCUGCUCCAGCGGUUCUCUUUCUCAUUGCCAGGGGGAGUAAAACCCAACCUGGAGUUUCGACUUGGAUUCACUCUCAGUCCUAAGCCUGUUCGUCUCUGUGCUGUUCCUCGCUGAGAGGCAUAGGCUUUCUUUAAAAUGCUGUGCUUCUCUUUAAAGCUGUCUGAGGAAGGGCAGUGUGUCCCGAAACGUCACACGUGGUGAAUAAAAGAAAAAAGAUUGGAGCUUUAGUGUGCGGACUUUUCUGUCCUUUUUUCUCUUUAAAGCUGACCUGUAUUUUUAUGAAUCUAGAUUGUAAUUGAGUUGACUAUACACAUGGUGCUAGUGCUUGCAGAUGCACAAACCAACUUUACUUUAGACAAGUGGCGUAAUUCAGUGAAGCCUGAAGUGGUAUGUUAUUUAUGUAAUAAGAUGAAACAUGGAAUGGGAAUUCACACAAUAAGGAAGGCGUCUGCUUGAUAACCCCAGUGAAAUGCUCCCAAAGGAUAUUCUGUUAGCAAUGUUCUUUUAAUGAAAGUUGCUCAGUUGGUGAUUUUGUUCAGCAUUAGGUGAGUUCAUUAAUUUAACUCUCUUGUGUAUAUCCAAACUAUAUCUUAAAAUUGAGUUGCACAUUGAAUUACCUCUGUGUUUGAA